CGCACAGUAAGACGAGCGGUUACAUACCAGAGUCAGUAAUGGAGAACACCAUCCCUCUCAUUACAAUAAUUGGACCAUGAGGAAGAGGAAUGAUCAAGUGCUGUGAAAAUAACCUAGAGAAACACUACAAUGGAUUACAGACAAAAAAGAAAACUGUCUUUUCUCACUAUUGGAUUGAUAUUUCUUUUGAGUGGUGUAGAAUAUGCUGUCAUUCUUCCCACUAUAUGGCGAUAUCUGCAGAUAUUAGAGGCACCACCUUAUUUUCUUGGCUUGGGUCUAUCCGCGUUCAGCUUCAGUGGGCUGGUUUCAGGUCCAGUGUUUGGUCACUGGUCAGACAAGACCAGAACUACAAAGACCAUCAUUCUCUUCUCCAAUGUGUUUGAAAUUGUGGGAAACUUCAUGUAUUUCAUGGGAUAUUCAAAAUGGCUCCUGCUGUCCAGCCGUCUUGUUGCAGGUAUUGGAGCAGGAGCUGGUUCCUCCAUUUUUGGGUUCCUUACACGCACUACCCUCCCCGAUGAGCGAGCUAGAGUCUUUGCUGCUGUCAUGGCAUGUCGUCAGGCUGGACUUCUGAUUGGUCCUGCAUUCAAUAUCUUUCUAAGGUUGUGUGAUUUCAAAUUGGGUCCAUUCAUUGUAAAUAAGUACACCUCACCUGGGCUCUUCAUGUGCGGGAUGUGGCUGCUUAUGCAGUUUGCAGUGAUGUUCCUUUACUGGGACAUCCCACCACUGGACUCCUUUCCUGAGCAGCACACGCCCCUCAGAGAGGUCAGAGGUGAAGAAGAUGAGCCCCUCAUGAGCCUGGAAGAUGAAGACUGGGCUUCAGCAGUGGACUCGAAUGGCCCGGUCAAUCCAGAACAGACCGAGACCCAGCUCUCAUCCGAACUCCCACCAUCUCCUCCUGAUUCGCCACCUCCAGAUCCCUCUGACCCCUUUCAAAACUUCAGUGCCAGUCGAGAGUUUCUGAGGGAGGAGGUGGUGGUUCUCCUCACUGCUCAGUUCAUCACUCUCUUCAAUCAGACAGCACUCGAGACCAUGGUGACCCCCCUGACGCAGAAGUACUUUGGCUUGGGUGAGCUGGGGAACAGUGUGAUGUACAGCCUGUGUGGGCUGGAGGUAAUCGCGGGUUUCUUCCUGGUGCGCUGGCUGAGCCGUGUGCUGGAGGACCGGGUGGUGCUGGCCGUGGGGCUGCUCAUCUGCAGCGGGGCUUGUGUCUGGUGCCUCAUCUUCCUGGCCAAUCCACAGGGUGGUUUUGUGUUCGAGUUGAUUGAGUUUAUCAUCGGAGUGUUCCUGCAGUUACUGGGACUUCCUUUCGUUGCCGUGUCUCAGGUGUCCCUCUUUUCUAAGGUCACAGCUGAGAAAACACAAGGCUUCAGUCAGGGUGUGCGACGUUCAGUCGGGGGUCUUGCCACCAUCCUCGGUCCCCUGUGGGCAGGGGGUCUGAUAGGAAAUCUCUAUGUGAUGCUGGGUAUGAUGAUGCUUCUACUGACCCUCAUCAUGAUCAUGAUGGCGUUGUCCUACGAGAAGCUGGUGGAGCCGCCCAGGGUGGAGAAUGCUCAGGACUCAGAGAAUGGAGGAUAGACACCACCUUUCGCUUUACGGGAUACAGCACAGAGGAAGAGCCCCUCUCUCUGUGGUCUGUCUGCCAAAGUUUAGCGCUCGUGUGGGCCUGUACAGAGCAGAUGCUGGAACAGUGGGAGAUAAGAGGCCCUGCCAGGGCUAGCAGACCGAGAACAGCAAGAAGGGCACACACAUGGGCACACACA